UGAAAUUUAUUACAUUUCGAAGUGCAUGCAUUUUAUAGCUCACUUAAUGGAAGUAAUUAUGUUAUUGCAUCAGCAAAUCUACGAAACAGGAGAAAAUAUAACUCUUCAUUGUCUUGAACGCGACAUAAAUACAUGGGCAUGAAACCAACGUGACUUGGCUCUUUUAUUUUCUCCUGAAAAGGUAAGCUGUUUGCACUAACCAAAUGAACAAAAACACAGCUGCAAAAUGCUCUGCAAUAGUGAUUCAUAUCUCUCGACCGUGUCCUUGACUUUGAGAAUUCCUCUUCGAAUAAAACGGAAAAAAGUUGUCGAGAUUUAAAGGUUCCAAAAACCUCAAUGUAGAUAACAAGUCCUGUUUUCUUCCCUCAACCAGCUGCAGAUAACAUUAUUCUUAAAUCUUUUGAGCAACGCGAUUUACAUAUUCAAUUUUUUUAAACAAAUUUAGAAAUUCCAUUUGCUUCUUUGGGACAAUCAAAAUCUUAUAUUAGAAAAAAAGAAUAAACGAGGCAACUGUUAACUCUAACUUUCCAUCACAGUAAAUCCUGCCUAAAGCCCGUGCAUAUAUUUCCAAGAAAAAUCGUGUUUCAUUGGUUACUGUAAGGCUUACGUGCGCAGCGCGCUAAGAGAAACUUAUCCACAAUAUUGGAUAAUGCUCUUUCAAAAUAACUCCGUUUUUGCCGCUGGUGGUAGUGAAAAGAUGAAAACUUAAUACAACUCUGCCGGUGAUAAAUCUUUGCAUGAAACAAGUUGUUGAUUAACGUGUUAGAAGUAAUCAAGACUUGAGUUUGAGAAGGUCUUCGUGGGUAGCAUAUGAAAAUGGUCUCUGCAGAGGUAAAGAUACCUUUAAGCAUUUUGGCAGUCCUUGUUAUGUUCACUAAUGGCGUAGUUUGCUUUCUGGUGUGUAUCAACAAAAAUUUAAGGACAUACACCAAUGGAUUUAUCGUUUCAUUGGCGGUGUCUGAUAUCUUGGUAGGGGUCACACUAUUUCUUCAGUACGCCCUAUCAGUAAAAGAAGCAGUGACCCUAAAUAUCUUGUACACCACAGCUUUGGUUGGAAGUGUGGCAAAUUUGAGCGCUGUAACUUUCGACCGAUACGUCGCUUGUAUGAGGCCCUUCAAUUACGCGAACACUAUCGUCAAGUCUUUUUUCCCAAUCGUGGCAUUUUGUUGGAUCAUGGCUGUAGUCUGCGCAGUUCUUCCACUCUCUUGGACUGACAGCGAUGUAGCAGGCUUGGCUCUGAGAAUUUAUCAGAUUUGUAUUCUCCUUCUGGGUAUUGCGAUACCUUAUGUCUGCAUCUUUAUCAGCUACGUGCGAAUUUCCCGCCAAGUUCGUAAAAUUGUAACGAGAGAGAGAAAACUGGUCAAUUCCGUAAAGGCAUGUCCCAGAGCAGAUUUAAGAGCAAGGAGGGUGUCCUCGGAGGCAAAGGUUACUAAAGUGUUCGUUGUAAUAGCCGUAAUGUUUGUUUUGAGCUGGUUGCCAAUUAUAUGGACUACUUUGGUCUACGCACUCGGGAAGCCGCAGCUAUUGCCCAAGCACGUUGCCCUACUCUCGCCAUUCACGCUAGCCUUUGGCUCUAUUGUAAAUCCUUUACUGUAUUCAUUCAUGAAGCCAGACUUUAAGUCUGUAUUUAGGAAACUUUUUCAUUUGAACAAAGUGCCGCAGCGGUCGCGGAGGGAACAGCAUCUUUCACGGAAUAACACGAGUGAAUUUCCUGCCCCAAGCGCUGUAACAACUCCUUCCACAUUAAACUUGCAGUCAGUGGCGCUAAUAAAUAUUUCACAGAUCUCUAGUUAAUGCAUGGGAAAAGCCUCACAAGAUCUCAACAAAAUAAAAGAUAAUGCAAGGGUGUCUCGUUUAUUGACCGAAUUGUAAAACAAAGAACAGCUGGUAAGGUUAAUAGGACGAAGUCUCGAAUUUUGAAUUAGCACUGAAAAAAUGAUUUAAAAAAAAAGAAAAAAAGAAAAAAAAAAAAGAAAUUCAGUUCCUCUUACACUAAUAUCAAAACGAAUAAAGAUUAAGUUUUACUUAAUAGAAUUUACUGACCUUUAUCUCAAAUAUAGAAAGGCAGAUGCCUGGUUGAUGUAUUUAAUUAUCAGCGAGAUAUUAAAAUACAGCUUAAGUGCGCUUUUAAAGUAAGGUUUUGAAAUGUGGUGGGUGUUUUAUCAAGGUAGCUGUCUUUCACCAUAAUGAAUGUACACUCAACGAGAUCUGCAUAAAAACGAGAAUGUAAUUUUUCGAUGAACGGGUUAAUACCUGUCUUUCAAAAUAUCCUUUUCAGUUGCUACUGUAUGCACAAGAUAGAAAGCUUAUCACGUAAUUCAGAUUUUAAUUAUGCUGACCGUAUAAACAAGAGGAAAUAAAAUCAUAUAUUGUUAAAAAUGCGUCAUAAUUUCGAAUCAUUGCUUAGAAAUGACAAAUGCCAACAUGACGAAGUAGAAUCUGUUUAGAAAGUGCAGCUGUAUACAUUUGGAUUGCACCGAAAAAGCAAACACAACAUUGUCAAAAGCUGUCAAGAACUUUACGAUCCUGAAAUAAAAAAAUCAAUUACUUGAAUUGAAAAAUAUGACAAUCUUGAAACCUACGCACGGUGGAAAAGACGUUGUGAAUUGUGUUACGACACGUUACAUGAGGCAAACACGAAAAGUGAUAAAGAUGUUCAAACAAAACGAUUAAAAAUAGAAAAAUCAAUAAAGAGAUA